AUGGGCCUUGAUACGUGUCAUUCACACGUCUCCUCCACCGGUUCUGCCUUAUCUUCCCCCAUUGAAUUUUUAACAUCGGAUCUCGAUUUCUUCUGUUUCAAUGUGCCAUCCAUACCCUUCACCGCCUCUCUCUUCUCCCUGCUUCGCACCCUCGGUCACGUUAUCUUCCCUCCUGCUCCAACGUCUCUACUGAACGCUCACCCCCGCCACUUCGCCACCGUCUCCAUCGAGCCAACUCGGAGACUGCUCCGCAGUUAUCAACGUCGGCUUCCAGAUUCAGAAUCUAAUGAGACAUCUGAUUUAUCAAAGAUCACCGAAAUGAGACUAGUGCCUUCAGACCCUAAUCAAUUGGAUGCUCUCUUCGAGGUGUUCUGUGAGUGUGCAGAGCUCAACCCUGAACCUGUUGAAGAGGAUGAACCUGAGGAGCAUAAUUGGAUAUUCAGUGCUGAUCAGCUGGGACCUGCCAUGGGUAUAAUAGAUGGAGUUGAUCAGGAAUGGGAUUUUUCACAAACUCAUUUCACCACAAUUGGUCAUCCGAAUGGAGAUCAUGAUCUAGCACACAAUGUGCUUGAGCAUCAAAUAAAUGACCAAAGGUUUGAGGAUGUUGAAGAAAUGGAGAGCAACAAUAGAAAUGGUGGCCAAGAAUGA